UUCCUUAAUAACAUUUCUUAUAUUAUCUUAAUUGUGAUAUUUAAGAAAACAUAGCUCUUUGAUUGUAUUAUUCAUUAUAGAUUGCAUUGCGUCUGAAAAACCAAAAAUAUUAUUUGAUAUCAAUGUCUCUUGCAACCACAAUGAUCGCUAUCUUUCUUCAAAUCAUUACAUAUUUUCUCUUUACCACCACAGCCUCAUCACCUCACGGCUUCACUAUUGACUUGAUCCACCGUCGUUCUAAUGCAUCUUCUUCUCGAGUCUCUAAUACUCAGGCCGGAUCACCUUAUGCUGAUACAGUCUUUGAUACGUAUGAGUACCUGAUGAAACUACAAAUCGGUACUCCUCCUUUCGAGGUCGAAGCGGUCUUAGACACAGGAAGCGAGCUCAUAUGGACACAAUGUUUGCCUUGUCUUCACUGCUACGACCAAAAGGCUCCCAUAUUCGACCCUUCGAAAUCCUCAACCUUCAAAGAGACAAGAUGCAACACACCUGACCACUCUUGUCCUUACAAGCUUGUCUACGACGACAAAAGCUACACCCAGGGAACCUUAGCGACCGAGACAGUCACAAUCCAUUCCACUUCAGGAGUUCCCUUUGUGAUGCCUGAAACAAUUAUUGGUUGUAGCCGCAACAACUCAGGGUCAGGGUUUAGACCGAGUUCUUCGGGCAUUGUUGGUCUAAGCAGGGGUUCUUUAUCCCUCAUCAGUCAGAUGGGCGGGGCAUACCCAGGUUUUAUCUCUUACUGUUUUGCUGGUAAGGGAACUAGUAAGAUCAAUUUUGGAGCGAAUGCUAUUGUGGCAGGAGAUGGGGUUGUAUCAACUACUAUGUUUGCCAAGACCGCGAAACGAGGUCAAUAUUACCUAAACCUAGAUGCGGUCAGCGUUGGGGACACCCGCAUUGAGACAGUGGGAACACCCUUUCAUGCCUUAAAUGGGAACAUAGUGAUAGACUCUGGAACCCCUCUCACAUACUUUCCUGUGAGCUACUGCAACCUAGUAAGAAAGGCAGUGGAACGUGUUGUGACAGCGGAUCGAGUAGUUGACCCGAGCCGCAAUGACAUGCUUUGCUACUAUUCAAACACCAUAGAGAUCUUUCCGGUGAUCACAGUGCAUUUUUCUGGCGGUGCGGAUCUUGUCUUGGAUAAGUACAAUAUGUAUAUGGAACUGAAUAGAGGAGGAGUUUUCUGUCUGGCUAUUAUAUGUAAUAAUCCAACACAAGUAGCUAUCUUUGGGAACAGAGCACAGAACAAUUUCUUGGUGGGUUAUGAUUCUUCUUCACUGCUGGUUUCUUUCAAGCCCACCGAUUGUUCUGCAUUGUGGAAUUGAAGAAACAAACCAAGAGAGUCUCUUUUCGAUCUUUAUUAUUAUUUUCAACUUCAGUUUGUUUGGUUUUUUUUUCCGGUUAACUUCAGUUUGUUAUUUAUAUUUUUCCUAACAAUAAAAGCAUAGAACAUGGAUAUGUUUUAAUGAAAAAUAUGCAAAGUUACUUA